AUGAUAUUGCUGGCGUUGCUAGCCGAGUUGUGCAAGACUUGCCAAGUCUACAUCCAUCGCUGGGACAAUUUCAAGAAAGGAGAUGUGGUCAGCAUGGCGCACGCAUCAGCACUUCUAGAGGACUUCAAGCUCCAGGUCAACCGUUUGUUUGCUUUCAGAUCGCCAUCAAACGAGCUGCAACAGCCGCUCGUGCUGGCACCUGAGUUCACGGCCGGAAUGCUUCAAGUGCUGCGGGCCGGUUAUGACAUGCUGGCCGGGGAGGUAGUGGUUCUCGACGGUAGGAUGCUUUUCUUCCGCCCAGAGUGGAAUGAACAAUCUUACAGGGAAGCAGUGGCGGCAGAAAUUGGGGCUAUAACCAACAUAGUGUCCAACUUUGUCACAUCAAUCGAGAUGCACCACAAUACCGCUGUGGCAGCUUCAUUUGCCCCGCUGGAUGUGAAACACUGGGUCGCGAGUUCGCGUGACGACAAGACUUUGUCCAGGCCACAGGUUUUCGGGGCGUUGGCAAAAGUACUGGGCAUGGAGGCAUCAGCUUUGAGUAAUGAGUACCUGGUGGCACGGGCAAGCUUCACACAUCUUGAGAGGCCUGGUGAUGCUUGUAGUAGAUCCGAGCAGUGGGGUCAUCCUUAG